GAGGCAGUUAUAUGUGUAUUGUGUAGUCAGAACUCAUAAUCAGCAAAUAAUACAAAUAUAACAUUUUCGAAACUAAUUUAACUGAAGAUUAGGACUAAUUCUGUUAUUAUUAUUAACAUAUAAUCUAAUAUUAAUACGGAGUCAACAGACCGAGAAGGUGAUAAAUUGAUAAGCAGAUAGCAUACACAUAUUUGUGUUAAACGUUAGUUUACUAUAGAAAGUCUUGAAACAUUCGUGGCAGAAUCAACAAUGUCUUCGAUUCACAUUUUCAAUGUUGAAAUGACUUGCGAAGGUUGCUCAGGAGCUGUGGAAAGAGUUUUGAACAGACUGAAAGGUCAGGGUGUUGAAGAUGUGUCUAUAAGUUUACCAGAACAGAAGGUGUCUGUUACUUCUAGUCUAAGUUCUGACCAGUUACUUGAAGUAAUAAAGAAAACUGGGAAAAAAACAACCUAUGUUGGCAAGCAAUAGAUAACAAUAAGUUACUAAAUAUAUAAAAAACAGGUCACCAGUCAAUGAUUAAUUUAAAUUAAUUUAAAAGUUUUUUGUUAAAAUAGAUCAUUUGAAUUAGAUUUUUAUAUAUGUACAUAUUCAAGUGUAAAUGUAAUUUUAAGAAAGAAAUACUCUUCUGGUGGUUUCUUUAAAUGCAACAAUAAUCAUGUAAUCAAAGGCAACUGUAAU